AUGGACGAUUUUAUACUUCCGGAAGAUAUCGAUGAACAAAACAUCGAUAAUAUGGAUUUGGAUGCUCCUGAAGAUGGAGUGGUGGUUUCUAAUAGAGAUGCUCCUGAAUUGGAGCAAAGGUCAGAGGGUAUGCUUCCGGUUGGUCAUUGCGCUCAAGCUAUGGGUGAUACACUACAAAAGUAUGAAGAAGUAAAGAAGCGCAUUGCCGGACUGGAUCAAUUAGCGAUGCAGCUAUCAUUUGGAAUGCGUUUACAAGCUGAGAUGGACAAAUGCGCUACAGAGAGGAGGAAUUUCCCAUUAAAUAUUACUCUGAAAAGACAAAAAUUGACUUCUGGCACGUCGCUGCUAAUAAUUCAAUUGCAAAACAGUUCACCAUUUGAAAUGACUGAAUGGCACUUAGCUCUGACUACUUCAUCUUAUCAAAUGACAAAUAUUGAGCGAAAAGAUAAAAUUUUCACAAAAGUAAUACCAAUCAAACGACUUUCACAACAUUCCGAAUUUACUUAUGAAGUAUUUUGCACCCGUAAUUUGCCAAUAUCACUAUUCUUUCGAGUGCAUUUAUUUAAAUGUAUCCAUUUUUCCGGAAACAGAGAACCUCGUGCUUUUCGAAUUGCUCUUGAACCAAUUUAUUUAACUCACUGGGAUACGAUUACUAUAACUGAAGUACUGGAAAGUACAAUUACUCGAAUGGUUCAAUAUGCAAGAAUCGAUGAGGAGCAAAAAAUUACACUACCCGAAGCUUUGGUGUAUUUACUUUGUAAUGAAAAACAAACGGAAACAGCGCUUCUCGGUUGGAUCAUCGAUAAAGUUAUUGAUGGAUGUGAUAGUGUGAACUGUGUGAUAUUAGAUGAUGCGAAUGUUCGUUGGCCGUUCACAUUACAAGUUAAAAAACGAGGGUUGAAUUAUGAUGUAAUAUUAAAAAUGAAGGAUGCAAAGAUGCGUUGCACUUUGAUUGAUGAGUUGAAGAUAAGGAUUUUAAUCCGAAUGCGAUAUAUUUGGAAAGAGUUAAAAGAAAAGGAAGACUGCGAAUUACUUGUAGAUAACAAAUCACUGUCUGACUGUUUCAUUUCUCUUAUUGCUAAAUAUAAGCGUUGA